AUGAUAACUCCUAAACGCAGUUUAUCUGUUCACGUAUGUCAAGCAAAUGUUGUGACCAUUCGGCCCAGUGCCUCGCUUGGGAAAAACUGCUGUCAGGUUCAACUACUAAAACGUGAGAAAUAAGAAACUCAGAGAGGGUGACUCAUUUUAGGGAGACCAUAGAAUGAAUUUCAUCCAAACUGCUUCCCUAAUCAACUGUUUAAUUAUUUUCUCAUCAUGGUUUCUUAGGUCUCCUGCAAGAAGGUGACGAAAUUCUCGAAAUAAACGAAGUGAACAUGAGAGGCAAUACGGUAGCGGAGGUCUGUGAGCUGCUUGCAGACAUGAAUGGAAAGCUGACUUUCGUUUUGAACCCAGCAAAUCGGUCCCGAGUUCCGUCGGAUAGAGAGGUUCAUGUGCGCGCGCAUUUCGACUAUCACCCAUACGAGGAUGACUUGGUACCGUGUAGAGAACUGGGGCUAGCAUUCAGACGAGGCGAUAUUCUUCAUGUUGUCAAUCAAGAGGAUCCUAACUGGUGGCAGGUUAGUGACGUCAUUUGUUGUAAAAGAUGCGAGGGAAUGUGUUGCCUUUGCGCGUCUUUCAGUGUACAGGCCCUCAACAAGAGUGCUUGACAUGUACAGUUAGGGGAGAGAACCGGAAUUUGAACUCUUCAUAACCCUCGUUCUUGUCUCGGCCUGCCUUAUACGUUCGAAGUGAUCAAGCUGUUCAGUAUAAUAAGGGAAAACAAUUCCAAAAAAUUAAAGAAAAAAUUAUGGCCUGGAAUAAUAAGUUUUCUUUUCGCGAAAUAAAAGUCAGCUUCUUAAGUUGAAUAGGAUUUCUGCAAGUAACAAUAUAGUAACUCGAACUCUAAAGGGAAACAAAAAACGGUUCCACUUAGCGAGGAUUCGAGUUAACGGGUUCGAUUGCAAAACUCAGAACGGUUAGGCAUUUUUUUAUGAUAAAACGUGAUCUGUUCGUUACACCCAUUAAAAUCAAAUUGAUGAAGUGUUGACCAGUGUGAGUUUUAGUGUUUUUAUCGAUUACACAAAAAGAAGAAGUAAUGGGAUGGCAUCCAAGUGGAAAUACAAGAACCAGAAUUUGAGUUAUCGGGGUAAAUUUCAGUGAAUUUUUAAACAAGGGAAAUGAAAUUUAGUUCGAGUUGGCGGGGAAUUCGAGUUAUCCGAGUUCCAGUUAACCGAGUAAAAAUAACUGAAAAGUAGAGUGAAAUCCAUGCAGGGGAAAUCGGACUUAGUUCGAGUUAGCGGGGAGUUCGAGUUAUCCGAAUUCGAGUUAUCGGGGUUCUACUGUAGUUGUUAACAUCAAAGACAGGUUAAAAUUAUGCUGUUGAGGUCUUAGUGAUGUUAUCUAGCAAAUAUUUCUUGAGGUUAGGUUUGGUUUCAUUGCUGAUUAAAGUUAUUUCAUCUGACGCCCUUGUUUUUGGUUUAAUCAACCUGAACAGAGACUGGUACUUUAUUGUUUUGUUUUUGUUCAGGCAUGGAGAGUGGGGAAGAAGGCAAAACAUUGGCUGGACUUAUUCCUUCUAAGCACUUCCAACAGCAGUGAGUUCGUUACUUAUUUUGAAUCAUGUUCGACACUGAUGUUCUAGAGUGUUUUUGUCCCCGCGUCGUUUUUGCUUUCUGGUCAAUAACUGGGUUAUCUGAUGAAAGGAUCUUUCUUUCCCCUUUACAAGCUUUUUUUCUUAACUGUAAACCAAGUAAGAGUAAACUUUGUGAGAUAACACUUGCAUGAAAUAUUAAGAUAGAUUUGUGUUUGCAGAAAAGAGUCAAUGAAGAAAACAACCCAAGAAGCGGAACAACCGAAUAGAGAAAGUAAGAACAGCUUAUAUUCUUUUGUUUGUUGUUUGCCGGCGCUGACCAAUCACAACGUGAGCUGACAAUUAAAUUAACCAAUCAAAACUCGAAGCAGAUGCGUGUAGCGCAGUGCAAGCGCCAAGCGCGGGAAACGAGCAUAGCAUAGUCUCGAUUGGGUUUUGGUUUUUAUUUUGCUUGGUUGAGAAAAGUGGCGCGAGAUUUUUUGGCCAACCACAAAGCGGUUUAAAUAAAACCAAGCCAUUUUCGAAAGGCCGACGUCAUCGGUGAGGACCGCAACGCUAAGAAACUGCCGCUCGCACGCUUUUUCAUGUUCCUGUAUCGCAAAAUGUCUUUUUUAUCGAGUGUCCUUUAACGUGUUUUUCAAAUGUUUUUCUUUCUCCUUGUUGUUGUAAUCUUUUUUUUCUUGCAGAGAGAGGAUGCCUUUGUUUCAGGCGAAAACGAAGAAAAAAGGUUCUUUACAACGCUCAGCAUAACGAAGGUUUGAGUUUACACUCUUUGUAUUAAUUGUGCGAUAUGUUAACUAAACAACGGGUUUUGGUUUUGUAGAGGCGUACUGGUGACGUAGCUUCCACACUUGCAUUUUUUUAUGAUUGAACUCUUUUGUUUUUUUUUGUUUUUUGUUGUUUUUUUUUUAUCAAAAAACUUUGUAUUUACAGAGACAGUACCCCUCCUUUCCGUUACGAUCAGAGUGAAACAAGUUUUUUUCAGGUCAAUCAAUUAAUCACGAUGACUUCUAAGGCUUGGUAGCUUGAGGAGCGUUUUCAUCGGGAAAAAAAAUUGCCAGUUUCAGGCUCUCAGUUAGUCACACGAGACGAGCGAAAAAAAGCGGGUCGAGGCCCUUAAAUAGGCUACAGAGAAAUAGCCCGUGUUCAGACCCCCCCCCCCCCCUUCUCCGUUUUUUUUUUCCUUGACCCUUAUGUCUGGUUUAGCAGCUGAAAUCUAAGGAUAGAGGGUUUUGAAGUUUGUUUUUGCGUUAGCAGUACAGGACUUAGUCUUAAGAAAGUUUUACUGCGUGAAGAUUUUCACCACUCUUGGCCUUUUGACUUGCUUUAUUGUAUACUAUGGACAGGAGGAAUUCAGAAGUCGCGUAAGACUCGGGCCUCGUUGUGCGGCGGGUGGCUAACACGCGACUCUUGAGCCUUCUCGACGGGAUUAGAGGCCUUAAGAUCCGACAACGGCCACGGCAACGAGAACGUCAAAAGCUCAAUACUACGACAUGAAAUUGGCUUAUGUCAUGCUUUAUGAAGGUCGUUAACUAGCAAGUACGAAAUGUUCUUUCACUGUCUGAACUUGGACAAAACUCUUAGGAAUUCAACUCCAGGAGAGUUCGCAUACAUUUGGUAAAGUAAGCGAGUUGGAAUAAUCACGAUAAAGAUUAAAGACCGCUAAUUCACUUUUUUAAGCGACGCUUUCCCUGCCGUCGUCGUCCUCGCUUCUUAAGGUCCCUUAUAGUUACUCGUCUCUUAAGGCAAAGUUUUAUGUUUGUUAAUUACUAUGCUUUUUUCGUAGAAUAUGUUGCCGACGAAGUUUUAACAUACGAAGAAGUAGCGCUCUUACAGCCCGACCCGCAAAGAAAGCGCCCCUGUGGUUCUUAUAAACGGCAAGUCUAAAACGCUCACCAUUCUGCCUCAAAAAUAAUCGCCGUCGCUGGUUCAUUUCUCCAGCUACGACGCUGUAACAGGCUACUUAUUUCCGAUAAUUCAUCGAACGUUUUUUACUCCUUUACUUGAUUUUCUCUCUGACAAGAAGAUAGUACAAUUCUGUGCUCAAAAUCUACUAAAAUGUACCUUUUAACAUCGUGCAUUUUAUGGCAAAAUGUCCAAGAUCUUAGUAAUUUUGAGGUUUUGAACUUGCAAACGAACUUACGUAAUUACUCUUUUCUAAAUUACAUAAAACCGUUUGACGUUUGCUUAGAACUCGACUUAGCGUGGUAGGUAAAUGAUAAAACAAUAAGCGAGAUCUGAUUUAAUAAUUCGAAAUCCGCAUUGAGGUCGCGUUCUGACCGUUGGUUGAUAUUCUUCAACUCCUGAACCACAGUUGUAAGUAGCCAACUGGUUUGCUUAAAUUGAUAUUUUCUCUUUUAAGGUUUACCUGAGACAGUUGUUUAAUUAUGAUUUGUUCACUUUCAGGGCCUGACAAAGUUGGUAGGAAAGAGUUAAGAAAAAGGCUGAUUUUAUAUUCACAAGAACGAUUCGCGGGAGUGGUUCCUCGUAAGUAUUGUUUGAUAACCUUCAGUUUAGUCAGUACAUGUGUAUGUGUUGUGAGUCGAUCAUAGAUCGAUUGAUCAAUCGAUUACUCCAUUGUUUUACUCGCGGUUUUUUAACCUGGCAGUUAGUCAGGUAGUUAGGCAGUCAGAUAAACGUUCAGACAGACUUAACGCAAAGCACUUUGAUUAAGGGGAGAAAAGACUCGUCUAUCCCUCUUUUCUUCAUCCCAAUGCUCCCACUUUUUGCGCGAAAAUUUCAGGCCAGAAUCGGCCUUGUCGGGUCAUCCAAUGCUGAUGUUCCUUAUUAAUGAUACUGAUUCUUUAUAAGUGUCGAUUGGUAGCCUUCAGUUUAGUGAGUAGAGCUGUGAGUCAGUCGAUCCAUUGCUCUAUUGUUUUACGCUCGGUUUUUUUAGCCAGGUAGUUAGUCAUCCUCCAGACAGUCUGUCAGUCAGGCAGUUAGGCAGUCAGAUAAACUUACAGACAGACAAAGAUUGUUGGCCAACCAGAUAAAGAGUCGUUCAUCCGCUCAAUACGUCAUAGGUGAGAGAAGUCUUCUAAAUCUUUUGUCUUCAUCCCACUAUUCCAACUUUGCCUGAAAACUGCGUCGCAGAACGAAUUACCAGAAGUGCGUUUCGAAUUUCCCUCUAACCUAAUCAGCCAAUCGAACAAUGGCUUUUUUUAGCAGGCCAAUCGUAGCGCGUAGUCAAAUUUUGGUACACAGCCGGGAGCCCAGAAAAAAUAUUUCUGCGCCGGCUUUCUAUUCUGCUCGCAGGCUCUUUGCUGACUGGCUAGUUAGCUCGCAGGCAGACUAAAUCAGAGGUUUAAAUUCGUCUGUGGCACCGGCUACACGCUAUGUGAUAAGUGUUAAGUGCGAAAUUUUGUUUCCUUCCACAAGAAAUGAUACAGAGUAGUUCCAUGAUCAUUUCAGCUCUUUCCGCAAUUGUUGUCCUGUGUUUAUAAAACCCUUUCUACUUUUUUAUGUAGAUCAUGUUAUUCGUUUAGUAACUGGUAUAUUUGCUUAGCGUUACUUUUUAUCCGAAGGUUUAUAUACAACAGAGUCAACUUCAGCCUCUCAUUUAGCUUAAGGGCCAGUAUACUAAGCGCACAAAGCUUCAAAACCUUCUCUGUUUCUUUUUUAGAUACCAGCCGGCCGAAAAGGCCCGAAGAAGUGCAUGAAAGAGAUUACUACUUUGUACCGCUCUGGACUCCAUAAGGAGAGUAGCCAAUUCUGGAAAAUAUUGUAUUUUAAAUCUACAUUGCGAGGUAUGCCACGUCAUUCUUGGUGUUGAAAUAGCAAAAAUUUUACAUGAUUCCAGCCCUGAGAAGCAGUUGUUCCUCUCUAGAGAGCUCAAGGCGCGAAGAAACAUGGGGCACGAGAAAGCGCGGGGUGCGAGAAAUAGCAAGGAAGGAUAAAGUGUGGAGCGUGGGGAGCGAGAAAGUAUGUGACGCGAGAAAGCGUGACGCGCGAGACAUCCAUGCUUUCUCGUGUCUCGUGCUUUCUCGCGCCUUACGGAUAUUUUUCAUCGACUGGAUGGAAGGUAUUUUUUUUUUCUUGGAAGCCAACACGAAGGCCAUCCGUUUUAUCCUUCUCCAGUUUUGCCCAUCCGUGCUCCUCGUGGCUUUUGAGUACCUGUUUUCACUCCUUUUUUCUGUUUUAAUUAAUCCUAUGCCUUUUCAGUCAGUCAUUUCCUCCCGGCAUCCCGUGACCGAUUUGGUAUUUGCUGAAUUGGCCCUUUAUUGCUUUUCUAGACCCUGUAACUCACAGCUCCUUACUUUUCCUAGGCGCUCAAGGUAUUGAAAGCCUCUGAUGUUAAACCUUACGUGGUUUUUAUAUCGCCGGCAUCUUAUGACAGAAUCCUCACAAUCCGAAGAGGGAAAGUCGAUCCUUUCAAUCCUAAACCGACCGGCCAAAUGACGGUAUGUUGUGCUGAUUGUUUUGUCCAUGUUUUGAGUUGUCCAGUUCAUUGUGUUCUCUUGUAAUUUGGUGAUAUUACAAGCGAGUUGAUUGACUGCCUGUCUGUUAUUAAUGACAUAACAAGCACUUUGAUUGACUGUGUACCGCUGCCGCCUGUGGGUUUUCAGGAGAGUUUGAUCCUUUUUUGCGAUUUUGUGUGUUAGUUGUUACAACAAGCGCUCUGAUUGGCGGCGUAUCUGUCCUUAAUCAUAUAACAGGAGUUUUGAUUGGCUACGCAUGUGCUUUGCUUCAACGUUUGUAAACUGGUUUGUGCUGUAUUGUAAUCUCGAAAGAUAAAUAGCGUAAGAAUAUAAUUUUGUGAUUUGAAGGAUGCAGAGCUGCGUGAUAUAGUAGACAAAGGACGAGAAAUGGAAGAAACGUACGGACACUACUUCGAGAAAACGAUCGUAAACACUGAUCUGGAAAGAACGUUUGAUGAACUUAGGCAAGUCAUUGAUAAACUUGAUGUCGAGGCUCAAUGGGUUCCAGCCUCCUGGGUAAACGAAAGCCGAGGCGGUUUGUGGUGAAACAAAGAAGUGGACACGAACGGCACUUCACCUCUGCUGAACGUUCGUCACGCGAACAAUCUGUACAAAGGCGUCAGUGGGAAGUCUUUUUGGACAUCAAGAACUUAUCUCAGUGGAAAAAGAUGGAAGAAAUUCAGGACAAGUAAGAUUUUGCUAUCCAUUUAAAUGAAAGAAUCUUAAGUUAUGUACAAAACUAUUUUCAGUUACUAUAAAAUUACCAGCGAGGUUAUUAACGAUGUGAACGUUUUAAGAGCUUAAUUGCUUUUAUUUUGGACGAGCUAAUUAUCCUUUUUAAAAGAUAUCUAACGAUCUUGUAAUAUAAUCAUAAAAUGGUCAGUAAUGUAUGUAAAUUUCGAAUCGUUUUCUCCGUGAAAAGCAGAAAGUCUUGCCAAAACUUGUGAUGGAUGUCGAUUUUGUUCAAAGUUGCUAUAGGUACGAACACCUUUUUCGAUGCCUUAACAGGUAGAAAAUACUAAUAUUUUACUAAAUAUUUCUUAGUAUUAGCUGUUAAACCAUCGAAUACGGAUUUAUUGUUAGACUAACAUUUCUUUGAUUUAAGCACUUUCAGUUGAAAAGCUAAGGUGUAAUUCGUUUCCUUCGCAUUGCCCAUAAUACACUUGGUUUGCUCCUCCCCCCUUAAAUUUUGCCUAACCGUGGUUUCCAUUUCACCUGGGUAUCACAGUCGCUCUAAGCAGGAGCUGAUUAACCCACUUCUGCCCAGGAGCCAAGAGAAAUGUCAUACAUCAUGCAGAAUUAACUAUUUUACAAUUGUACUCUUAGUACCUUAGCUUUUAAUGAGUCUCAGGCUGCACAUGCUGUUAAAGCGUGAUUUCCACAAGCAAGGCCAGUGGUUUGUAUAAAAUAAAAGUCACACUCAACCUCGCUAUCACUUACAGGUUAGGCUACCAAGCUGGUCUAUUUUCUGGAAUAUAUUGCAUGCAUAAUGUCACAGACAAUAUCGUUUCAGGCUGUGGCGAGGCAAACGUAUCUACCUUAUGUGAGACGAGAGAGAAAUUUGAUCUUUCUUGGAUCUUAGGGUAAAUUGGCUUAUUCUUAAUUCGUUCGUUUGAGAAAUAUAUCCUUUUUUCGUAAAUUAAGAUUUAUUCAAACGAAGUAGAAGAUUUGUUAUAAAUAGAGCAACUGACGUAAUGAAAGAUUCAUUUUGCCAAGGAACGUUUAGUGUGGCCGUAAUGCGAAAUAUUUUCUGGGUUUUCCUCGUGAAAUUUCUGUAAUACAGUGCUCAUGUUUUUCACAUCGUAACCUUGAAUUGGUCUAGUUACUAAAUAUUUGACUACUGGUUAUUGCCAAUAAAUUACUUUAAUGUUUCCUUUAUGUACAUAAAACGUACCAUUUAUCGAAUCAAAGACACCAUAAACGCUUUAUAAGUUGAAGAGAAGGCACUUGACGUUAGCGAGCUCUGGAGAACGUAUAGAACCUCUAAGAUACAUGGGAAAGCUUGACUCAUAUUUCAGCGGUUUCACUGAAGCGAUCAGGUUAUAGAGGGAAGAAGUCAUUAGUUACAACAGGUUGCCAUAGUAGCAAAAUUUCUGGACCUCAACAAACUGUGGUCCUGCAAAUUUGGCAGGAAAAAAAAAGACGAAAACUUAACAUGUAUACUCCUGUGGACUCAAGAACAAAACGACAGCCCAUACUUUUCUUCCAUCGUUCGACAAUGCAACUUACCGUCUCUGUCAGGAAAGAUUGUUGAGGUCCAGAAAUUUUGCUUCCAUGGUAACGUGACGUCACACUUCUCAUUAUUAUCUGUAAUAAUGCCACUAAUCUUUAUAGACUUAAAGACUGUUUACAGUUUCCCAUUCUUCGCGGAAAAAGGUGCGUGCCUUUACGUGAAGGUGAUGUUACACGAGACGAUUAGCAACGACGAUUUUUAUCGCAACACAGCGUUGCAAUGUUGGAAUAAUGCUGUAACCACUCGAAACAAUGUGGCAACAAUGUUGUGAUGCCGUGCUGCGCUACAAAUCGUCGUUGCGAAUUGUCUCGUGUAACAUCACCUUAAGCCAUGUUGGUUUAAAAUGUACUAUAGUGUAAUCUGGGGAGGUGUAAGACGUGGCGAAAGGGGUGGGACGAGGUUCCCCGAAACCCACCCCGUCGGUGUUACAUUUGAAACUAAGAUGGCCGCCCCUUGAAGUAGCAUUUCGACUCCAACAAUUUUAACAAGAAAUGGGGGGAGGGGAGGGUAAGCAGUGUAAAAACUAAAGUUUCUCCAGCUAGCCAUCCAGAAACCGCUCUAUUUAUCUCAAACAAGAACUAUGUUCGCCAAGAUAGUUUUUUUAACGUCCAAAAGUCUUUUGUAUCAUUCAAAGAUUAGUUAUGCAAAUAUUACAUUUAUGUCUUGUAGGUUUUGUAAAAGAUUGUAGUUAUAAUGAACAAAGUGAAGUCUAUGUUUUUGAAACAGAGUUUUGUGCUAGUAAACGGCUUCACUAUUACGCCAAGAAAACUAUUGACUAGAAAAUACAAAGAAAACAAAUAACAGCAAAAACAGGUAAAGAAUUUGUGCGAAAACAGAGGCACAAUUUACCAAAACUCAAUAAGGAUUUUUGCAACGGUGGCUCUUGUGGGAACGAGAAUGGGCAGGGGCCAACUCUGGUUUCCGUAUUAUGAGAGAGGUGGUUGUAAUGUAAUGAUAUGAUCGACAAUCUAAGGAAACAGAUGUCCUCACUCGGUUAUUACCGCGUUUUGUCUUCCGGAGCUGCGAUAGCUAGUCGUGGACGUGGAAAAACACAACAUGAAGUGAAGUGAACCCCGGUAAAUUGCGAAAUACCCCACCUUCGCUAUAUUAGAACUCUAACGUAACUCCGAGGCUUUAUGGACAAAAUUGCAAAUUUUUCACGACUCCAUUGUCUCACAAUUCCCAGAAGAGACUUGUGCUCAAAGAAAACCAAACCAAAUAUAGAAAUAUGACAAGAAAGCCUCCGAGCCAUGUUGGAAUUGUAAUAUAUAGAACGUGGGCUAUUAGAAACCCUGGUCAACUGUAGGUAGGGGUCUGUUUUCAUAGAUUAUGUGUGCGAAAGCUUAAGCCCUUGCGUUCAUAGAAGGUGAAGCGUGGGGUGUAGCUUAAACAGGGACGUCACCAAACAACUAACAUGCGUAGCAAGCGCGGGUUUUCUUUUUCAGGGCGAGGGAAGAAAUCCAGGCUUUGCGCGGUAAAGAAAUCUAGAGAACGGCUGGGCUUAGUGCACUAGUAACUCAAAAGAAUUUACUGAAACACUUACUAUGUAGGCAGUGUAUUUUAUGGGUUCAAAUAAAGGGUGACUGCAACUUUCUCCUUGUCUUUUUUUCUCUAGUUUGUCCUUUUAUUUUUUGUGUGAAACAGUUAAACAUUCAUCGAUCAAGAGCAGGCUCAUAUAAGGGGAAUUCUCGGUGACAUUAUUGUAAGAAAACAAACAAAAAACCGUUUUGCUUUGCUGCUGUUUUGCGUCAGUUUGGUGAGCUUUAGUGCCCUUGCUUUUCCUGAUUAACUGGAUUUACUAUUUCUAAAAUAAAAAGUGUUCAAAAUUUUUCUGGUGAGGUUCUUUAUUGAUUUCGAGCGAUGGUGGGCCUUUCACAUUUGAAAACCAGGAGUUGGCAACCUCGUCCCCAGGGCUUUUCCCUCAAAAACUGGGUGAGCCAUUUUUUGAGGGAAAAGCCCUUGGGACGAGGUUGAGGAGUUGGGGUCCACUGAAUAGGUGUUUUUUUCUACACGGCUUCCUAACACAGAUUUUCCCCGUCGGCGGCUGCCAUUCUGCAUCCCCUGGUCAUACAUCCUCAGAGACCCUCAUAUCGCCACGGACAUGUUUGUCUCUUAAAUCCGUUCUGGCAUGAGUAGUGUAAUACGCAGGCGCAGGUUGGAAGCUAAGAUCAUAUCUGAACACUAGACACUACACCCAAGUGGCCGUAAUACUGAAGCCCUGGCCGAGACUAUGAUGUCCGCGCGUAGAAUGUACCUCCAAUUCCUAAGAAUUAGAGGUAAGAAAUUUAUUUCUCCCCCACCGGUAAAGAGGUCACAAGAAUUAAUUAUGUUAUCACUCCAGAUGAACCCUCACUGUUCUCUACCUCCAAGGGGAAUAGCAGAGGCCUGCAGUUAUCCCUUGUGGCGGUCUCUUUUCUUCCCGUCGUGAUGCAGUCGUCUGGACACCCUCUCUCUUCGAGGAAAGCGAGAUUGUGUUUUGCACUGUUAUAGUUAAUACGCUCUUAAUCGCCGGAAUCUUUGUCUCCUCUUCGAGAAGAUCCAGUGAAUCAAAAGUUGUUUCACCAUCUCCUGAGGCCGACAAAACAAACGUUCCAAGUGCGAAAUAUUCUGCUAAGGAGCGGAGUAUUAUAUUACAGCGGGGGGGAGAGGGUACUCCCAUACAUUACCUCUACGGGUAUGUGCCGUCCAACGGGAUCGUGAUUUUGAAGCUCCUGAUUUAGAACGGGGUAUCCAUUUCAGAGGCGUUUUAUAGAACAGGGUAUAAUAUUUCGAACGCACGAAAGUUCCAGUUUUGUAAGCAGCCAUUUGAAAUUAUUCAAGAACAGAUUGCUUUUAAAAAUACGGUUCAAUGCGUUAAAAAGCAAAUUGUUGUACUCUUGUUGCACCCUGUGUUUUAGCGUGCAGGGCAGGCGUAUUUUCGCGCCAGCCGCGAGCGCGGAAGUCUGGAACGAGUCCAUAAUGUACCCUAGGGAGAUGGGAACGGGUUCAAAAGAAAGCGACGGGAGAGGAGAAGCAAAAUCGUUAGCCUAUGAGCCUGGUUCUGUGCGUGGUGAGAGAUUUUGCGUCAUAAUUAACCGCAUUGUAUUCACAUGCACAGGAAACGUACUCCGGAUGAUUAUGAAGAGGGAUUUAUUUGAUGUAUAAGUCGAACAAUAAAGAAAUAUCUUUUUAAAAAAACAGGGCUAUUUCAAUUUACAAACUUUCUAGAACGGAGUAUAAAAAGUUGGCCUAUUUCUAGAACGGGGUACCAGUUUUAGGGCGAAUUCUAGAACGGGGUAUAAAAAAAUUGGCCUGUUUCUAGCCGACGGGGUAUCAAUUUUGGGGAAAUUUUUUCUUAGAACGGGGUGCCAAUUUGGAGUCUCGGGCGGCACAUACCCACCCAAAAAAUACCAAAGUGCCCGCCGGGUAUUACAGUCACUGAAUGUGAAUUUCCAGCGGAUAUUCGAAACGCGCUCCUAAAGCUACACAGAUAUCUGGAGCCACGAACGACUAUGAACGGAACGGGAACAUGCCAAUUCGCAUGGAAAUUUAAUUCAACACCGUGUUGAAUAUUUGCAAAUAAAAAUCCGUGGAUUGUAAAAUGGAGAAGAGAAUUUAAAAGACAGAGAAAACGUUACCAGACGAAACAGGCCCCCCACUUUCGCAGUACUGGGAAUAAGUAUAUUAGUAUAUUAAAUCAUGACUACAAUCUUGUCUGAAUCGCAAAAGUGGCACAUGUCCUUAAGAAAAUUAAUUGAACUCAUUUCUUUAUGCUGGGAUGCAAGACUCCUGGUGGCUUUUUAUUUGCUAUGUUUGACUUCAUCAUGCCUAUUUUAGAACAAUUAGAAUAAGGCGAUUUCGUCAUUUUCAGUGCGUGACAUUUUCUUGUCACGCUUUACAUGCCUUGACAUCGUGCGAUUUGUGGCUCGUCGCACACGAUUUCUUAUUCUCUCCUUUAUCGAAACGAAUUGAAACAAAGAACGAAUUAAAAAAGAUAGAAAACUUAAUAGGUUUCUAGGCAUUAAAGUAGUUAUAAUGGCUAAAAGUUUUCUUUAGGAGGAAUUUCCACGAGUAACCACGAUGACUCAUGAAAGAAAAUAAUUAGGUUAUCUUUAGAACAAAUUUGGUUACUCGUGGCCAGUCUGUUCCUGACCUCUGUCCUCAUAGUUUCCAUUGUAAAGUACAUUCUUGAAAGACCCCUAUGGAUAUAUGGCGAAUCUACUGCACAGAUUUAGCGAUGCUAUGCAGCUUUGAUGUGCGUUAGAAGUCGGAACAUUCUUCCUGAAAAUUCUCCAGCUCAUACCAAUCAUGGCUAUUCUAUCGCCAGUGUAUCGUCUAUCACACCCUUAUGAAUUAGCCAAACUUCGAAUUAACACUUCGAAAUUAUUAGGGACAUAUUCAAAUACAAUCAGGAUGGGCUCCUGAUGCAGUAUAUCAUCUGCCAUCGAUUCCUAACGAUCACACUUAGUAUACCAGAGGAAAAUCAAUCAUAGACCUUGUCACGGUUUUCGACGCCAUCUUAACGAGUAGGCAAACGCGUAAGAAAUAACAGCUAGUGUUUGUAUGAGAAUCUAAAUUCUAAUGUCGAAUAAUUUCCGUUAAACGGCUGUUUUGAAAAAAAAUGAUUUGUAAACUAAAGCUUCACUCUUUAGGAUUCUACUGAAAAAAUUUGAGGGCGUUACAUGCGCUAGAAGACCUAGAACCUCAAAGGUUUUUUUAAAAUUUUCUAUACAAUUGUCUGUAAAAAUUUAUAUAUAGUAAUCUCUAGUUAUCGUUUUCCAACCAGUACUAAUAGGACAACAGCGCGUCGAGUCUGAAUCGCGAAAGAGGCCAUACGUCUUUAAGAAAAUUAAUUGAACUCAUUUCUUUAUGCUGGGAUGUAAGACCAUGGUAGUUUUUAUUUGCCAUGUUUGACUUCAUCAUGCCUAUUUAAUAAGGGGAUUUCGUUAUCUUCAGUGCGUGACAUUUUCGUGUCACGCUUAACGUGCCUUGACAUCGUUGGCCUGAGGCUGGGUGAUAAACGCGUCUUCCGUGGAGUCUUCCGUGGGCGCAUCGCUUGUCUAGUUUGUUUGAUUAGAGCUUGUUUCAUUGAGUGGAAUAAUAUGAGAAGAGUAGAAAUCGGUAUUUUGGCUAUUUGACUGGCAAUUUGACAUAAAUUCUGUUAGAAGUAAAGUUAUGAUGUUAGGGUAUCAACGUUACGCCUGUUUCAAACGUCGUGCAACUGCCGUGCUAAGCUGGCUCGACUGUAGCUCGACUGCAGCACGACACUAGCACGACUUGGUUUCAGAAGUCGAAUUUAAUUCAGUCGAAUAGAACGGCUGUUGCCGAAAACAGAACACAAAACUAAAGAAACGGUUUAGCAAACUUUAAAAUGUAUUCUAAUGUAUUUAUAAUUUAUGAAUUGAGUGCGGCACGGCGGAAGCACGACGUUUGAAACAAAGUCGAGCUACUGCCGUGUGGCACGGCAAGGCUUGCCGUGCUACACGGCAGUAGCACGACUUGGUUUCAAACGUCGCGCUACUGCCGUGCUAAAGUCGAAUUUAAUUUGAUUAAUUCAGUUCGGCACGGCAGUAGCACGACGUUUGAAACGGGCCUUAACAUCGAAUGACGCAUAACUUUAUUGCAGAUGUCAGAAAAGGAGGUGAUUUGUUAAAAUCGUCUGAGCAGAGUCAUCUCGUAAACAAUAUGCGUUCUUUCACGCACAAAUUGUAAAAGGGGCUAACUCCAACAUUUUCACUAGACUUUCAAAAAAGUCCUUCGUCGGAUUUCAUAUGGAAGGACUUUUCAUACUUGAUUGGCGCCAAUUUUACCAACCCAAGAACGGGUCGGUGCGCUUGGACCAAUCAGAGUAGCUCCCAAGGACCCUUGGAGAUAAAGCUGUCAUUCACAAGUACUAAGCGCAUUGAAACGUGACUUGCGGUUCCAAUUCCAACAUGGGGUCGAUUGCGAAGUGGAACGUGUUGACAGGCCAAACACGACUCAUAAGCUCGUUAUAGUGUGAUACGUGACCUUAUAGUUUUGCUCUAACUUCCGUUCGGUAAAUUCAACCUCAGAGGUGAUUUUUUCUAUGAGAUUGUGAGGGUAACCUCACAAUGUUUUCAUACAAGCAUUUUGCUGAGGAGUUAGCAAAAUCUAAGCUUCGCCCUUUAUGAGACCUUUUCUGACCCCGUGAGGGUUACAGGGAGAGAAAUGCGUGUAUUGAAAAGUCUCUGUAGGUUUAAAAUGUGCUCGAAUGUCAAGGAUUACUUGGUUGUGAAAUCUCCUUUCCCGGUAUUGACUCGAGAUUGAAACAAGUUUUGGUUUUUUUCCGGCCCCCUGAAGUCGUCAACUUUCGCCUAAAAUCAUUGUUAGAGACAACUUUCGCACAAAGUAAACAAAUUUGCUCCUUCGAUGAUGGAGAUACACACACACGUUCAAUAGAUUUAGUCGAAGUGGAAUCAGCUCAUUCCGCCAUUGAAGUCAAGGACUCGCAAAUGAAACCUGAAACCCCAAACUCCGCAUUUUUGGCGCGAAAUGCAAAUGGAACCCAUCAAGCGAGACAAGUCUACAUCUUCACGUGCACAUCGUGUGCAUGAGUUAUUUUUAUAAUCCUGUUUACCAGGAGCGCUUACCAUUUGCACGGAAAUUUCGGUGAAAAUUUUCCGUCAAAUGGUACUGGUAUUUUUUUGGCACCGAAAACAGGGACGGGAUUGAGUUGUACCAUUUAUAAAAUACCGGUAAAUUUUUCGCUUUCUCUCGACAUGAAGCCUGGCACUUGUAAUCCAAACAAAUGGUACAGAAAAUUUCGGUCGUUUCGGUAAAAACGGGAAAAAGGUAAUACCUCGAAACGUAUUACUUUU